AUGACCUCCCCCACCACCAACCCCCCAAGAGCCAUCCUCUUCGACAUUGGCGGCGUAGUCGUGCAAUCCCCCUUCCAAGCGAUCCUCGACUACGAGCGCGCGCACGGCAUCCCCGCCGGCUGGAUCAACACGGCCAUAUCGCGCGCCGCGCCGGCGGGGGCAUGGCAGCGGCUCGAGCGGGGCGAGAUGGCGCUGGACGAGGCCUUCUUCGCCGCGUGGGCGAAGGACUUGUCUGAUCCGGUUGUGUGGCGGGAGUUUUGGCUGGCGCGGCGGGGGAAAGAACGGAAUAACAACCACAACAGCAGCAGCAGCAGCAGCAGCAGCAAUCACAACAAGAACGACGCCUCCGUCCCACCACACAUCCACACCCCCACCCUCUUCUGGUCCAUGAUGCGCCUCUCCCGCCACCCGGACCCACACAUGUACCCCGCCCUGCGCCGCCUACACGUGCUCGCGCCCUCGCGCGGCCUCGUCCUCGGCGCCCUCUCCAAUACCGUCAUCUUCCCCGCCGGCGUGCGCGACGAAACCGGCACCCCCUUUGACAGCGGCCUGCGCUUCGAGCGCCACCACCACCACCAACAACAACAAGGCGGGACCGAGUCCGCCGUGCUCGUGCGCGAGGAGAAUGCUGCUGAGCGUAGUGAAGCCUCUGAGCAUAGCGAACCUUCUGCCAGCAGCACCACCAGCACCGCCCCCCACGACAUCCGCGCCCUCCUCCCCGUACAAAUCUCGUCCGCGCACAGCGGCCUGCGCAAACCCGACGCGGCCAUCUACGCGCUCGCGCUGCGCGCCCUCAACGCCGAGGCGGCGCGGCGCGGCCUCCCGGCCUUAAGCGCGCACGACGUGCUCUUCCUCGACGACAUCGGGCAGAACCUGCGGGGCGCGCGGGCGGCGGGCAUGCGCACGCUCAAGGUCGAGUUGGGGGGGACGGCGAGGGCGGUGCGGGCGCUGGAGGGGAUGCUGGGGGUUAGGUUGGGGGAUGAGAUGGGGGAGGAGGGGGGGAGGGCGAAGUUGUGA